AUGGGUAUGCCGUACGCUAGCCCAUGGUUAUCACAGCUAUCGUCACUCACUCUUACUCGCUUGUCUUCUGCUUCCGUUUCUUCUCAAUCUUUCAGUCUCUUCAGCAGAAACUACACAAAAAUUAAAGUCAUCACUAACUUUUCUACUAAGCGACAGCUAAAACAGCCUAGUUUCAAAACGAUGGCUUCUUCAACACAAGUAGAUGCAACAGCCAAACACACUGCUCCUUACGGUUCUUGGAAGUCCCCAAUCACUGCUGACGUAGUCUCCGGCGCUUCCAAACGAAUCGCCGGCACCGCCGUUGACAGCCACGGUCACCUCUUCUGGGUUGAAUCUCGCCCCGCUGAAUCAGGGCGAGCGGUUCUUGUGAGAGAAGCCGAGAAAGCGGGAGAAGAACACACCGAUAUUACACCGAAAGAAUUUGCGGUGAGAACUACGGCUCAAGAGUAUGGUGGUGGCGCAUUCACGAUAUCAGGAGAUACUCUCAUUUUCUCUAAUUACAAAGAUCAACGGCUUUACAAGCAAUCUAUCAAUUUCAAAGAUUCUUCUCCUGUACCGCUUACACCGGAUUAUGGUGGACCGGUAGUUUCUUAUGCUGAUGGGGUCUUUGAUUUGCACUUUAACCGUUAUGUUACUGUAAUGGAAGAUCGUCGCUUGAGUAGUACAAAUUCAACCACAACGAUUGUAGCGAUAGGCCUCAAUGACAAGAGUAUCCAAGAGCCAAAGGUAUUAGCAAGUGGCAAUGACUUCUAUGCGUUCCCACGCAUAGACCCCAAAGGUGAACGGAUAGCAUGGAUACAAUGGGGUCACCCUAAUAUGCCAUGGGAUAAAACAGAGCUCUGGGUCGGCUAUAUUUCUGAAAAUGGAGAUAUUCACAAACGCAUUUGUGUUGCUGGUUGUGAUCCUGCCCUUGUGGAGGCUCCAACUGAGCCCAAGUGGUCCUCCAAAGGUGAUCAGGUCAACAAGGUAUAUGUUCUGAAAGUAGCCACUGGGUUGAUCACCUUCACAUCCAUUCCCAAAUCAUAUUCCUCAAACAUAGUCCUGGAAACGAGUUUGGGUCUUGAGCCUUUUAUCCCCCGAACUGAUUAUCCAUUCUUUGGACAACAGAUUGAAUCUGUCAACGAGGUGAAAGCUGUUUACUCCCUGAAUGCUGAGUUCUCGAAACCAUUGUGGGUUUUUGGCAUAAAUUCUUAUGAAAUUAUUCAGAACAAUGAAGGAAAGAACUUAAUUGCUUGCACUUACAGGCAGAAUGGAAGAUCAUUUCUUGGUAUUCUGGAUGACGUUCAAAGCUCAUUAUCUCUGCUUGAUAUUCCUUUCACCGACAUAGAUAAUAUUACUUCAGGGAACCAUUGCUUAUAUGUUGAGGGAGCAUCUGCAGUUCAUCCAUCAUCAGUGGCUAAGGUCACUUUAGAUGACUAUGGAUCCAAAGUUGUUGAUUUCACGAUUGUUUGGUCGUCUUCACCUGAUAGUUUGAAGUACAACUCCUACUUCAGUUUGCCAGAGUUGAUUGAAUUCCCAACAGAAGUUCCUGGUCAAAAUGCAUAUGCAUAUUUUUAUCCACCUUCUAAUCCCAAUUACCAAGCUAGUCAGGAAGAAAAGCCUCCAUUAUUGUUGAAAAGCCAUGGAGGGCCUACGAGCGAAACGCGUGGAAUCUUAAACUUGAGCAUCCAGUACUGGACCAGUCGUGGUUGGGCAUUUGUGGAUGUGAAUUACGGUGGAAGCACUGGUUAUGGUAGAGAAUAUCGAGAACGCUUGUUGGGUAAAUGGGGAAUUGUGGAUGUCAAUGACUGUUGCAGUUGUGCGAAAUUUUUGGUGGACAAUGGAAAGGUAGAUGGGGAUCGGCUUUGUAUAACUGGAGGCUCUGCUGGUGGCUAUACAACCUUAGCUGCUCUUGCUUUUAAAGAAACAUUUAAAGCUGGAGCUUCCUUGUAUGGUGUGGCUGACUUAAGCAUGUUGAGGGCAGAAACUCACAAAUUUGAGUCUCGUUACAUGGAUGCUCUUGUUGGUACUGACAAGGAUUACUAUGAGAGAUCGCCUAUCAAUUUUGUCAAUAGGUUUUCUUGCCCCAUCAUUCUAUUCCAAGGAUUGGAAGACAAGGUUGUACCCCCUGAUCAGGCUCGUCAAAUCUACCAGGCAUUGAAGAAAAAAGGUUUGCCAGUAGCGCUUGUGGAGUAUGAAGGAGAACAGCAUGGUUUCCGCAAGGCUGAGAACAUUAAGUUUACACUGGAACAACAGAUGCUGUUUUUUGCCCGUUUGGUUGGAAACUUUACUGUGGCAGAUGAGAUUACUCCAAUCAGAAUUGAUAACUUUGAUUAA